AAAAUGUUCAGCCAGAUGUUGUUGGUGUUGCUGUCUGUCAGUGUGUUCAGUGCAGCCUCCUCACUGAGCUGCAGAUGGAUGGAUCAGAAAUUCAGUCAGCACAGUCAAGCCUCUCUGAAACUGCUCAACACCAUGGCUAAUAACUCCACUAACACCACUGAGGACACUGCACCGGAGGCCACUGUGUCCUUCCCGAAUCACCUGUACAGCCAGGCGUCCAAAGCAUCAGCUGAGGACAAACUCGGUUUCACAGUUCAGGUUCUGGAGGAGAUGGUCUCUCUGCUGGAGGGGGGUUACAGCUCUGCAUCAUGGGAGGAGAACACAGAGGAGAACUUCCUCAGUGUGGUGAGCCGGCAGGCUGUCGGCCUUCGCUCCUGUAGCCACCACGGCCACAAGAAGAACAAGAAGCUGGAAAUGUACUUCAAGAGACUCUCAAGUCAUGUUCUGGAGCACAUGGGCCACAGUGCUGAAGCCUGGGAGCUGAUCAGGAGGGAAAUACAAUCCCAUCUGAAGAGAGUCGAACUGCUGGAAAACAAUAAACAUGUCAAUUUGCUGUAA